AUGGUCGACGUCAACAUCCAGACUACCAUUGGGCCCUACACCCAGGAGCCCGUCUGCACCCGCCCCCUCCUUUCCACCGCCGAGCUCGACACUGUUAUCACCCAGGCCGUCAAGGCCCAGAAGUCGUGGCGCAAGGUGUCGCUCGACGAGCGCAUUGCCAUUGCCGAGAAGUGGAUCGUCGAGUUUGAGGCCAGCGCCGACCUCAUUGCGGAGGACCUCGCCAUCCAGAUGGGCCGUCCUAUCCGCUACGGCAAGGGCGAGGUCAACGGUACUCUGUACCGCGCUCGCCACCUCGUCAAGAUUGCCAAGGAGUGCCUCGCUCCCAUCCCCCAGAGCGACACCGACGACGAGGCCAACAAGCGCACCAUCAUCAAGCAGCCGCUCGGUGUCGUCGCCGCCAUCACUCCCUGGAACUACCCCCACCUCUGCACUGUCAACUCGGUUAUUCCCGCCCUCCUCUCGGGUAACGCUGUCAUCAUCAAGCCUGCCCCGCAGACCCCCGUCCCCGCUGAGCGCGUUCUCCAGACCUUCCUCGCUGCCGGUCUUCCCGCCAACGUCCUCCAGGUCAUCCACCUCUCGCAGGAGACGACCCUCAACGGCCUUUGUGCCGACCCCCGUGUCGACUUUGUCGCGUUCACCGGCUCGGUUGUUGGCGGCCACGCCGUCCAGGGAGCUGCGUCCAAGGGACAGGGCUUCAAGGGCGUCGGUCUCGAGCUCGGCGGCAAGGACCCAGCCUACGUCCGUGAGGAUGCCGACCUCAAGUACACCGUCGGCAACCUCGUCGACGGCGCCUUCUUCAACUCUGGCCAGUCGUGCUGUGCCAUUGAGCGCAUCUACGUCCACUCGGCCGUGUACGACGAGUUUGUCAAGGAGUUUGCCGCCCUCACCCGCUCCGACUAUGUCCUCGGCGACCCCACCAAGCAGGAGACCACCCUCGGCCCCGUCGUCUCGCUCGCGUCCGCGGCUCGUAUCCGCAAGCAGGUCGCCGACGCCGUCAAGGCUGGCGCCCAGCUUGUCGUCUCCGAGUCCGACUUCCCCGGCGCCAAGGAGGGCACGACCCUCGUGGGCCCCCAGGUGCUCGUCAACGUCGACCACUCGAUGGACGUCAUGUCCGAGGAGUCGUUCGGCCCCGUCAUUGGUAUCAUGAAGGUGGAGAACGACGACGAGGCCCUUGCGCUCAUGAACGACUCGCCGUACGGUCUCACCGCCUCGGUGUGGACCAACCCCGAGGACCCGGCGUCCAUCACCGUCUUUAACAACUUUGCCGAGGAGCUCGAGUGCGGUACCGUCUACCUCAACCGUGCCGACGCCCUCGACCCCGCUCUUCCCUGGGGCGGUGUCAAGAACUCGGGCCGCGGAAUCUCCCUCUCGUCCCUCGGCUACGACCAGCUUACCCGCGCAAAGGCCAUCAUGCUGCGCGUCAAGACCGCUUAG